AUGGCUCCAAAUAGACGUGAAGAAAUCAAAAAGAAGCAAGAAUUACAAGCAAAAUUUCAAUUUAGUAUAGCUCAAAAUAAUAAUCUUGCACUAAAUUGGUUGAAACCUAAAACACAAGAACAUCAAAAUUCAACUAAUGAUACAACACAAGAUGAAUUUUUAAAAUUAAAAGUUAUACCAAAUGGUAAAAGUCUAAAUUCAAGUUCCUCAGAUAAUUUACAAACAAUUGAAGAUUUCCUAAACUCGAAAGAUAUAAAUAAUUUAAAAGAAACAAGUAACAACAGAAAUUCCAAUAACAACCAACAACAAAAUCAAAAUGGAUCAACAACAUCUCGUAAUGGCGGUGGCGGAAGUAUAGCAAUGAAGGCAUUAUUAAAUAAAAUGAGAAAUGAAACAAGAAAUAAAUCACAAAAUUUACAACAACAACCACAUCUUAAUCUUCAAAAAUUAACAAAAAAUUCAACACCACCAUUUAAUAAUAGAAAUUCAAGAUCGUCUAUGUCACCAACACCAUCAACUAAGAUUAAUAACUCAAAUUCCAAUCAAGACUCAGAUUCGGAUGACCCAGAUCGAGAUGCUAUUAAAUCAAGAUCUGUGAAAUCCAAUAAUAGUGGUAUCAAAAGUGGAAAAAUAGCAAGAGCACAACAAGAUGAAUACGCAACAGAUCCAAAUAUUUUUGAAUUAACUUCAAAAAACUUUGAUACAAUAAUUCAUGGAACAAAUCAUACAUCAAUUGUAAAAUUUUAUGCUCCUUGGUGUGGAUAUUGUCAACAAUUAAAACCAGUAUGGACAAAAUUAGGUAAAGUAUUAGGUUCAUCAACAUCAAAAAUUAAUUACAAUAUAGCUAGUGUCAAUUGUGAUAAAUCAUAUAAUAAACAAUUAUGUUCACUGUAUCAAAUUAGUGGGUUCCCAACAAUAAUGGUUUUUAGACCUCCAAAAUAUGAUCCAUCAAAACCACCAACCACAAAAAAGAGACAUGCAAGUGAAGUUUAUACUGGUGAAAGAUCUAUAAAAUCAAUUACUAAUUUUUUGAAUUCAAGAUUGAAAAAUUACGUUAAGAAAUUACAUAAUUAUGAAACUGAUUUAAUCAAUUGGUUUAAAAAUAAAGAAGACUCAAAACAUAAGAUUUUGUUAAUCACAAAUUCAAAUUCAAUAAGUCCACUUUUUAAAUCAUUAGCUAUUGAUUUUAUUUCACAAAUAAAUUUUGCAAUAAUAAAUAAAUUAAAUUCACAACCUGCAAAAAUUGGAGAAUUAGUAAUUCCAAUAAGUGAAAAAUCAUCCUUAGUCUAUUUAAAUACCGACAAAAGUGAAAUUCAAAUUUACAACGAAUCAGAAAAAUUGAAUGAUAGAAAUAAAAUAGAAGAAUGGAUUAUCAAAGUAAGUGGAAUUGAACCAGUUGAAGGUAACUUGUCUAAAAAGGGUAAGAAAUUAUUGAAAUAUAAAUCACCAACCACUAAGAACAAAAAGAAAAAUAAAGUAGAGCAUGAUGAACUUUAG